AUGCCUCACUUUGUGUUGGAAUAUUCGCCUCAAGCCAAAGAGUUGCUUCCUGCCGAAAUCAAGGAUGAUUGGAAGCCUCUCUUCAAGAAGUUCCAUGGUAUUAUGAAUGACCAAGGCAUCGCUCCCGCCCCGAAGUGCAAGAGUCGAGCGUAUCUUGCGGAUAACUUUCUGCUGGGAGAGGACGAAGAAGCAGGAAUGGUCCAUCUUUCAGUAGCAUUCUUGGAUUUGCCCGAACCACUCACGAAAGAAAAACUGCGGUCGUUGGGAGAUACCCUGAAAGCUACCAUGGUGGAAUUCUUUGGAGGCGCAGGCAAAACGGGCAAGGUGGAGUUUUCUGUUGAGCUGAGACUCAUGCCCAAGGAGAUGUAUUGGAGAAACGGAGAUUGA